AUGAAUCCCGCUGACGCUGACUGUGGGCCACCACGCGCUCAGAGUUCUGGAUUGUCCGGUGGCCUUGAGGGUCGAAGACGAAUUCCUUUAAAGCUCAUUUCUAAGCAGGUGAAUAAAAGCACUGUGUCUCAUAUUCCUAGGACUAUGAGUGGGUCGCCUGCUGGUGAGAAAGAAUUUGAACGUAAUGGAGGAGGGUGGUAUGAUUGUAAAGGGGGUGAGCUAUUGGGAAGAAAGAAAACAUUUCCUGAAUGCAUUUGGGAGGACUUUAAGAUAAACAUCAUAGGUGCAAAGUUUGAUUUACCAGUUCAUUUCUGUGACAAAUGUGAUUUGCCUAUUAAAAUCUAUGGGCGUAUAAUUCUGUUCAAGUAUGCUUUUUGCUAUGACUGUGCUAAUUUAUAUGAAAGAAAAGGAGAUAAGAUAUGACCAGGCUGUAGUAUUCCUGUGCUGCGAAUUGAGGAGCAUACACGAGGUUCUGUCUUCAUGUGUAGCGCUGGCCAAGAGUGCAGGAAAACUUAUUUGUCUCAGAGAGAGUUAGAAGCUCAUAUCAGCUACCGCCAUAAGACAGCUAAAAAACUUGUUGCUCCACUUAAAAAAGUUCACCCUCGUAUUGCUUCACCAACAACUGAAAUCCCUGAAAUGCUGCUAGACCAGGACCAUAUGAGCCAUAUUCCCCCAGAGUUGCCCAGCAUUAUGCCCCCAUCUCCUGUGCAGCGUGUAUCACACAAGCGCAGUAUCCAGCCACGCGAGGAUCUUUAUGCUCCUCCAGCAGAAUUUGCCACCCCACCUCCUUUGCUCCAUCAGGAAAUCGUUAGUAUUUCAACAAGAGAAUACAGCAAUUUAAUAAUCACCCCUAUUCAGGCUGACUCAACUUCUGAUGCCAAAGAACUAUCACCUCCUGCCCCAGCACCGGCUCACCAUCAUCCUGAAUAUCAAAGUCAACCAGUGGUAUUGCCCCCUUAUAUUAUGCCUCCAGAGGAACAUGCACUACCCCCAUCUACUCCACCACCAGUAAGCCAUCCAGUGUCAUAUUCUCUCCCGGAUUCAGGUGCUCCUCAGCUGGUCUGUAGUCAAGUGCCACCUCCACUCAUGACUUCUGGUCCAUCACCAGUAACUUCUUCCCCUGGAUGUAUUAUUGCCCUGGUGCCACCUUAUAUGAAUCCUUCUCCGCCAGGAUCUCCUCUAUCUCAUAAUGGUGGUCCACCUGUAAGUGAAUUCCCUUCUGACCAUCAGAAUCCUAACUCUUUACCCCAGUUCACUGAAGAACAAGAAACUCUGAGCCCUCCGUUUAUACAACGGUAUGGAACAAAUCCUGGUAUGUGACCUCUGUCGAAAGGACUUUCACCUCUUUCACCAGCGCAAGGUCCACCUUCCCCAACCCCACUUUCUGGAUCUCAUUGCUCAGAUCAGACAAGAUAUAGACCAUAUUCACAUUGA